UUAAGCAACAUUUUAAUCUAUAAUUUUAAGGUUUAAGAAUAAAACUGCCUAUAUGGUAAAUAUUAAUUUUUGUUUUCGCUCUAAACGUUUUUUUUCUUUUUGGCGAAUCUGCUGUCGGGGCUUUCAAACUCGUGAUGUUCAAAUCGUCAACAAAACCACGUGACCAGCAAUGCGGAAGUGCGUCGUCAAACGAAGAGAGAAGCGUCGACUUGUUGGUUUUAAUGUUUUAAUCUCCAAACAUGAUCCGCAUGGAGAUUUGUCUCUGUUCCUUCAUCUCCUUGCUCGCGUUUCUUCACGUCGUCACCGCAGUCAAGAAGCAAACAUGGCCGGUGCCGUACAGACGCUAUGACCGGCGUCCUGACGCGGACGCUUACUGCCAGGCUCUCUACCCGUUCUGUCCCACGGGCGACCGCCAAGGCCACAUUCCCUUCAUGAGGGACAGCGACGUCAUUUCGGUGUAUCGCCUGCAGACUCCAGUGUGGGAGUUCAAGUAUGGAGACCUGCUGGGAAAUCUGCAUAUCAUGCACGACGCCGUGGGCUUCAGCAGCGCCCAGACCAGUGCCAACUACACCAUGGAGUGGUACGAACUCUUCCAGCUGGGCAACUGCACCUUCCCCCACCUCAGACCCGACAUGCACGCCCCCUUCUGGUGCAACCAGGGAGCCGCCUGCUUCUACCAUGGCAUCGACGACGCCCAUUGGUCCGACAACGGAACCCUGGAGAAAGUCGCCCAAAUCAGCGGUCAUCAGUUUAACGAGAUGGCCAAGUGGGUCCAAGACGACAACGCCACGGGGAUCUACUACGAGACGUGGACGGUGCUCUCCGACCCGAGCCCCGACGCCAGCGUGUGGUUCGAGUCCUACGACUGCUCGCGGUUCGUGCAGCGCACGUAUCGCACGCUCGCCCGCCUGGGCGCCAAACUGAGCAGCCGCACGCAGACCAACUACACCAAGGUCUACCUGUACAGCGGAGAGCCCGCCUACCUGGGCAACGACAGCGCCAUCUUCGGCCAGCCGGCGCUCAAGAACCUGGCGGCGGACAUUCGGGAUUUUUACCGCACGUUCCGAGCGCACCAGUCCAUGGCGGAGUUGGCGCUCAGCGUGAUGGAGGCUUUCAAGGAGGUGGUGUUGGACAAGAACUUUUACUUCUACUACAACUUUGAGUACUGGCGGCUGCCUAUGAAGUCUCCUUACGUACGCAUCACUUACCAGGAGGUGCCUUUGCCUUAACGCACUAACAAAUACUCACAUUACCAUAACGCAGUAUCAAAUACUCACAGCUACCAUAACGCAGUACUAAAUACUCAAAUUUACCAUAACGCAGUACUAAAUACUCAAAUUUACCAUAACACAGUACUAAAUACUCAAAUUUACCAUAACGUAGUACUAAAUACUCAAAUUUACCAUAACGUAGUACUAAAUACUCAAAUUUACCAUAACACAGUACUAAAUACUCAAAUUUACCAUAACGUAGUACUAAAUACUCAAAUUUACCAUAACGCAGUACUGAAUACUCAAAUUUA